GUGUGUGUUCUGUUGUCAUCGAUCUUCUGCUUUCUUUGUACACAUCGGGCUAGUUUUCGUACAUCUGGACUCUGUCGUUUGUUCGCGUAGCCAUAAUUACGCCUCGGUAUAAUUGAUUUCAAAACAAAGCCACCUGCAAAAUGGAAGAAAAUGAGGAAGUAAGAGGAAGAACGAUGGAAGAUAAAAGGCAUAAACUGCGCAGGAUGUCAUCGAGGACGUCCACGACCAGUGUCAUCAGCGCUGCAGAGCCCUCUCCGCAAACACUCCGGAGAAACAACUCCAAGAAACCUCCACUGCAGAGAGGAAGCUCCUUCACCUUUCUCACUCCUGGUACUCCGUGGGACUUCAGUCUAAAAAGGAAACGCAAAGAGAAGGAGGAUGACACAGUCAGUCUUUCCAGCUUCGACCUCAAGGAACCAAGUAACAAGCGUGUGCGUCCGCUGGCCAAAGUUUCAUCCCUUGUCAACUUGAUAUCUCCUUCAAAGAACGGAGCAGUGCGGCGCUUUGGCCAAACCAUCCAGUCAAUGUCAUUACGUGGUGAUACCAAGUCACCAGGGAUGUCCCUCAAAGCCAGCAGCAAGACGGCGGGUCCCACCCCGACUAAACGCAGAAACAGCACACUGUGGUCAGAGACACUGGACGUCCAUCAGAAGAGCACAUUCUCCACCAAAGAGAUCAAGAGACAAGAGGCGAUUUAUGAGCUUUUCAGGGGAGAGCAGGAUCUCAUUGAAGAUCUCCAACUUGCACGAAAGGCAUACCAUGAUCCCAUGCUAAAACUCUCCAUCAUGACAGAGGAGGAACUAACUCACAUAUUUGGGGAUCUGGAUGCAUACAUCCCGUUACAUGAGGACUUAUUGAUGAAACUGACAGAGGGAACUGGCCCUGAUGGAACAGUAGCUCAGAUUGGACAGAUAGUUAUAGACUGGCUGCCUGGUCUGAACGCAUACAGAGACUACUGCAGCAACCAGCUUGCAGCCAAAGCCCUGCUGGACCAGAAAAAGCAGGACAGGCGGGUGCAGGACUUCCUGCAGCGCUGCCUAGAGUCACCUUUCAGCAGGAAGCUAGACCUCUGGAGCUUCCUGGACAUCCCACGUUCACGCCUGGUGAAAUACCCUCUGCUGCUGCGAGAGAUCCUCAGACACACUCCUUCUGAUCACCCAGACGUAGCCAGUCUGGAGAGAGCUAUCACUAUAAUCCAGGAGAUUCUGUCUGAUAUCAACAUGAGAAAAGGGGAAUCUGAGUGCCAGUAUUAUAUAGACAAACUGGAGUAUCUGGAUGAUAAGCAGCGGGACCCUCUCAUAGACAACUGUAAGACCCUACUUUGUCAUGGAGAGCUGAGGAACAAGAGUGGCUCGAGGCUGCAUGUGUUCCUCUUCUCGGAGCUCUUGGUUCUGACCCGACCGGUGACCCGGAAUGACAGGAGCUGCUUCCAGGUUUAUCGACAGCCCAUUCCAGUUCGGGACAUGUCUCUAGAGGACCUGCAGGAUGGAGAGAUCCGCAUGGGGGGGUCCUUCAGAGGAGCUUUCACCAAUGGAGAGAAAGCUAAGAACGUUUUUCGUGUCAGCUCUCUGGAUCCAUCCCAUGGCCAGUCCCACACUCUGCAUGUCAACGACGUCUACCACAAGCAGCAGUGGCUCAACUGUCUCCGCACUGCGAUGGCCCAACAGCAGGGGGCUCUACCAAGAGUUCAGCAGGGAGACGCUGUCAAAGCAAAGCGUCACUCCUCCACCAUCUCAGCCACCAUCUAUAAUGAGGAGACUGAUGAGAACUGUCCACCUGCCUCUGGCCCUAAACUCAGGCCUCAGACACUCUCCAAAACCAGACUGGACCAGAAGUUACAAGGCUCCCUAAAGAGGAAGGAGACUGGAGUGUAGACAUUUAACCUGAAAUGCGGGUUCUCAGAGGGUUUUUCUCAGACAGACACAUGAGCGCAACAUGUGUCCCGUUUGACCACAUUUCUGUCAGAGAAUUUUCAUACAACCGCUUUGUUUUUUGUGCUUUUGCUUUGACUUUGUAGCUGCACUGAAAAAUUGUUUCCAAUCAUUUCCGUCCAAAUGUGUAUCAAAUUUUAGUCUUUAAAAAUUGUAAUUUAGUCUAUAAAAGUGACUUGUGACAGUGAGAAAUGUAUGUUUUAGAGGUUGACCCAUUGUGGAUUGUUAAGGCUGCUAUAACAAUAGCUUGGAGCAGGUAUAUGGAGCCUUCAUGCAAAACAUUGAUGUAUGCCAUCGCAUACUGAUGGAGGCAGCCAAGUUCAUCUGAUACAGAGUUUUGUAAAAUGUCCUAUUGCUGCCAAUUAAUCGGUCGACCUUAAGUAUGUUUACACCCGCUAAAUGUGUGUGGAAUUAGGGUUUUAUGUGUCUGUUAAAACAACGUACCACUUGUAGCUCAUGAAAUGUAGCUUCAUUGUUCAUUCCAGUGUUGACACAUUUAAACUCUCAGGUUUUUGCUAGAAUCAAAAUGUCAUUGCAUCUGUAUUGUGGGCAUCAUAUGUGCAUUUGUAAGUCUUAUCUGUGCAAAGAUAAGGUAUCAAGAACCUGAGAAAUUGUGAUGGCUGUCAGAGCAGGAAGCCAUUGAGUGUGACGAGUCUAAAAAUGUUUGCGAUAAGAUAUAAGAUAAUGAGCAGAACGUGACACUGACCAUGGAGAUAAGGUGAAAAACAUUUCUUGG